UCACCGCUUCAGGCAUGUGUUAUGCAAUGGGAAAUGGACUUAAAGAUUUCUCCCAGUGCUUCAUUGCUUCCUUCCUGAUGUUCCCAUUUGGCCGGCGCUUGCCUUGUGACAUCUACUGGCAUGGAGUUUCAUUUCACGACAAUGACAUACUCUCCGGUCAAGUGAACAAAUUUCCAGGCAUGACGGAGAUGGUGCGUAAAAUCACUCUGAGCAGAGCGCUGAGAAUCAUGCAGAACCUGUUUCCUGAGGAAUACAACUUCUACCCUCGCUCAUGGAUUCUGCCUGAGGAGUUCCAGCUCUUUGUCGCUCAGGUCCGGAUGGUGAAAGAUGGUGACCCGUCCUGGAAGCCCACUUUUAUUGUGAAACCAGAUGGUGGUUGUCAGGGUGAUGGAAUCUACCUCAUUAAAGAUCCCAAUGACAUCCGCCUGACUGGGACCCUCCAGAGCAGGCCGGCAGUGGUCCAGGAGUACAUUUAUAAGCCUCUCCUUAUUGACAAGCUCAAGUUCGACAUCCGUCUGUACGUCUUGCUGAAGUCAUUGGACCCCUUAGAGAUUUAUAUAGCCAAAGAUGGACUCUCUAGAUUUUGUACAGAGCCAUAUCAAGAGCCGAACCCCCAGAAUCUGCACCAUGUCUUUAUGCACUUGACCAACUACUCGCUGAACAUCCACAGUGGCAAGUUCAUCCACUCUGACAGCGCCAGCACAGGCAGCAAGAGGACUUUUUCCAGCAUUCUCUGCAGACUCUCCUCCAAAGGUGUGGACAUCAAGAAGGUCUGGUCUGACAUCAUCUCCUUGGUGAUCAAGACGGUCAUCGCCCUGACCCCGGAGCUCAAAGUUUUCUACCAAUCAGACAUCCCUACAGGGAGGCCAGGGCCCACCUGCUUCCAGAUUUUAGGCUUUGACAUUCUUCUGAUGAAAAGCCUGAAACCUAUGCUACUUGAAGUGAAUGCAAACCCCAGCAUGAGAAUUGAGCAUGAAUACGAACUCUCUCCAGGAGUGUUUGAAAAUAUCCCCAGCCUAGUGGAUGAGGAGGUGAAGGUAGCCGUGAUCAGAGACACGCUGCGCCUCAUGGACCCUCUGAAGAAGAAAAAGGAGACGCAGUCUCAGCAUCCUGAAAAGCCUGUCACUGGGAAGGAAGAUCAGGACUGUGAGCUGACCGGUGACCCCGACUCCAACCCUGAAGCCCACCUGCCUUCUAUUUGCCUCAAGCAGGUGUUCCCCAAGUAUGCCAAGCAGUUCAACUACCUGCGCCUGGUAGACAGGAUGGCUAAUUUGUUUAUCCGGUUCCUGGGAAUCAAGGGGACAAUGAAGUUGGGGCCAACUGGCUUUCGGACCUUCAUAAGGAACUGCAAGCUGAGCAGCAGCAGCCUAUCCAUGGCUGCAGUGGACAUCCUCUACAUUGAUAUCACAAGGAGGUGGAACUCUAUGACCCUGGACCAGCGGGACUCAGGGAUGUGUCUACAGGCAUUUGUUGAAGCUUUCUUCUUCCUGGCCCAGAGGAAGUUCAAGAUGUUGCCUCUGCAUGAGCAGGUGGCCUCCUUGAUUGACCUGUGUGAAUACCACCUGUCCCUGCUAGAUGAAAAGCGCUUGGUGUGUGGCCGGCGCAGGCGCCCCCAAAGUAGUCCUCCCCAGGAGAUGAACACCAGAACCCAGUCAGCUGCAGGCAGCCUUGCACCCCGCAUGAUCGGUGCUAACAAGCUGUCCCACUCUAGACAUGCUCUAUCCUGAAGACCACCCUGCCCUCCUGGAAGAAGGUGUGCUCUUGGGGGCUCAGUACCCUGGGCUUCUCCAAUCUGUGGGGAGCCACUAGGGUUCCAGCUACAAUGGCCAGGAAUCCUGUUCUGCAGGGCUCUCGCCUCACAUGGCUAAUUCUUGCCCACCCUCCUCCCAGCACCUUGUGGUGACCCACCCUGCUUGUGAGUCAUCAGUGGAUAUAUGACAUCUGAGAUAUGACAGAUGGCACCUACUGUUCCGGGUUCCUGGGAAGCACCAACUGGGGCAGUUCUGCUGUGCUUGGGGCCACAGGGGAGCAGAGGGUGAGAGAAAGGAUAGACCAUCUCAAAGCAAGGAGCUGUGGCUGCGAGGUCACACUUGGGGUCUGCUGGGGCCUCCCCGAGUCUGCCGGUCAGAGCUCAGGAUCUCAGCAGCUCUUUCAAACCACCUGUUCUCUGAGAGAAGUAGAACUAUCAAGAUGGUGGACACCCCAAUCAUGUGCUAUAUGGGUGUACUUAAUAGAUGAACCUCACUAUUUCAUUAA